AUGGUGCUCGGGAUUCGCGCUUCGUACCACCCUGCGCAAAGCGCGAGCCAUAGCUCCUACCAGAGCCCACUCGUCUGCCCCUGUGCAGCAUGCUUCGACAAGGAGGAGCACAGUCAGAUAAGGGAGGCUUGUGAUUCUCCCGCGGCAGAGAUGAAGAUAACUUGCGGUCGCCCUACGUCCAACCCGUCUCCUGUCUGGAAACGGACGGAGAGCGCUGUGCGGCAGAAAUUUGGGUUUCCGUUGGGCCGGAGGCGGAGCGCCGAGUCGACGGCCUCGGCACGGCCGCUGCGGACGGCAGCGCAGGAUGCCCCUCAGGUCAGCAAUGUCGCGGAAGGCGCGGUGGACCCCUCUGCAUAG